ACCAAUGAGAAGUUGGCUUAGUUUACACUCGUGCCUUGAAGCGGCGGCAGUCAUGGCUCCGCCGGUGAGGUACUGCAUCCCUGGAGAACGCCUGUGUAACUUGGAGGAGGGCAGCCCGGGCAGCGGCACCUACACGCGGCACGGCUACAUCUUCUCGUCGCUGGCUGGCUGCCUGACGAAGACCAGUGAGAAUGGCGCGCUUCCUGUGAUAUCUGUGAUGAGAGAAACAGAGUCCCGAUUACUUCCAGAUGUGGGGGCUAUUGUCACCUGUAAGGUCUCUAGCAUCAAUUCACGUUUUGCCAAAGUACACAUACUCUAUGUGGGGUCCACACCACUUAAAAACUCUUUUCGAGGAACUAUCCGCAAGGAAGAUGUUCGAGCAACUGAAAAAGAUAAGGUUGAAAUUUACAAGAGUUUCCGACCAGGUGACAUUGUUUUGGCCAAAGUGAUCUCCCUAGGUGAUGCGCAGUCCAAUUAUCUGCUGACCACUGCUGAAAAUGAGCUAGGAGUGGUGGUGGCCCACAGUGAGUCAGGUGUCCAAAUGGUUCCUAUCAGCUGGUGUGAGAUGCAGUGCCCUAAGACCCACACUAAAGAAUUCCGGAAAGUGGCCCGAGUGCAGCCAGAAUUCUUACAGACUUAAGAAGCACACUUUACCCCAAGGAAGGGGUUAGCUGUUCCAAGAGUACAUUUAUGAAGAUAACAUCAAGAUGCUGUGUUCUUUAUUCACAUAUGUGGGAUCAGUUGCCUCUUGAAAAAUCUGCCAGAAAUUUACUCUUUCAAGAGCCAGGCUUGGUGGCACAAAUUUAUAAUCCCACCACUUGUGAGGUUGAGACAAAUUUCACAAUUUCAAGACCGAUUUGUGCUAUAUAUUAAGACCCUGUCUCAAUAAAGCAAAGGGGAAAAAGAAAAGGAUUUUACUCUGAGAAUUUUUUCUUGUGAACCUUUUGGUGAAUUUCAUUCUCUCAACAGAUGAAGCUUCAGGCUGGGGAAAUGGCUUAAUGGUUAAAAGUACUUGGUUGCAAAGCCUGCAGCCCAGGUUCAAUACCCCAAUAGCCAUGAAAAAACAGAUGCACAGAGACGCACACAUCUGGAGUGUGUGGUUUUUGUUUUGUUUUUUUGCAGUGGCAAGAGGCCUUGGCAUGCCCAAAGGACUAGAGAGAUUGCUCAGCAGUUAAGGUGCUUGCCUGCAAAGCCUAAG